UUCCAACAGCAAAACAACAACAGAAAAAGAACAAUCUCGGCAGGAAUGGUCUUCCACAGCUGGACUUCCAUAAUUUAUACCUGCACUCCAUAAAGUUUUACUACUAAAUUUUCCAUCGGGAGUCUCAUAACGACCCGUCAGGCCUGCAGCGGUUUGCGUAGAGGACAGCGCACACACACAUUCACACAUGCACACUCACAUGCACGCUUGCACAUGCACGCUGUCCGCUGCAGGCUGCAUCGCUCCUCUCCAGCAGGGCUGUUUGCACCGAGCCGCCGCUUCUGCACGCUUCCUGCAGCUGCACCGGAGACGCAUGCAACCGGGGCUCCCGUGCAUCGGCGGGCUGAUCGAUAAUCGGUAAAACAAAUCCGUAGCCGCAUGGUGACGUCACGGCGCUGAUAGGUAGCGGCGGCUGGGCGGGUUGGUGGGUGGCUGGGUGCCGCGCGGACGCCAGGGGUAGAUAGAUGGGCGCAUAGAGGAACCACACCGGGAGGAGAAAAAAACGGAAAGGAAAGAAAGGAGGUGAAUAAAUUAUAAACAAACAACAAGAGCAGGAGACGCGGAGAGAGGACGUGCGGGUUGUUUGUUUGUUUGUUUGCUCGUGACGUGGGCGCGUGGGAAAUGUAGUAGAGCUGCCUGCAGGAGGAGGAGGAUGGAUGCGUAACAGGACGGAUCGAGCCAGCUGUGGCCUGCUUCUAACAGCAACAUCUGGCCGUCCGUCUGCAGGGUCAGAGAGGGCGCCUGGACGACAGCGUGGAGGCGAUGGAGGAGGCCGACGCGGAGGGGGAAGGGCCCAUGGCGGUCAGAGAGGGGCCGAGCGGUCACGGCCUCCCGGCGGACUCCAGCAGCACCAGCAGCACCACCACCACCACCAACCUCCUGGCGUCUGUCAAAGAGCAGGAGCUGCAGUUCGAGCGACUGACUCGGGAGCUGGAGGAGGAGCGGCAGAUUGUGGCGAGCCAGCUGGAGAGGUGCAUGCUGGGAGCCGAGUCGCCGGGGGGAGACAGUAGCAGCUCAUCGGAGAAGUCGUUUGCAUGGAGAUCUGCAGGUGGAGAGUCUCAGGGCGGAGCCAUGGAGGCGUCUGGAUGUCCUGGUCGUCACCUGGAGGCAGAGGAGGGACUCUACCUGCCUGAACCGGACCGGGCCUCCCUGCAUGACAGUGAGGGUUCUGGAGGUCACUCGGCCCAGAUGACCUCGUAUUCGGACAGUGGCUACCAGGACAGCAGCGUUAGUUAUUACAGCAACCAGAACGUGGUGCGAUCGGAGCCACGGGCUUCGAUAUCGAGAAGCCCGAGAGCAGAGGGUCAAGCCUCUGGGCAGGCGUCCAGUCGGGUGUUACGGAGGAUGGCGUCCCUCCCCUCCAGGAGCCAGUCUCCUGGUUGUGGCACCGCCGGCACCGUCUCACCUUCUCGGAUCUCCCUGCGAACGUCCCAAGGCAGCACCUACGACUCUCCCAUCCUGUCCGAGCCCAAACCGCUGGCCGCCGUUUUCCCCGGCACCACCAUGCCGCCCUCCUGCCCUUCGCCCACCUCCCCGACCGACGGCACCCAGGCCCUGGGCAACAGCAGCGGAGGGGGCGGUGGGGUCGGAGGAGGUGGCCGGUUAGGCUCCACCCUCUCCUUGAUCGAGGGGCGGGGCUUGACGGGGUCGCCGCUGCGUUCGGGGAUGACGGCAGUUCCACAACACUAUGGAUCCACGCUGCCCAGACAGAGCCAGCCGCUGGCCUACGGAGCCGAUCCGUACGGACUUUACCAGAGGAGCGCCCUGCCCCGACCCGACAGCCUCAUAGGACUUCACAGCUCGUACGCUGGUCACGGAGGGCAGAUAGACCCUGAGCUGAGGGCGGCGUUGUCUCCAGACUGCCACAUGACGCCUGUUUUCGAUGAGCGCUCCUUCCACAGCCCCCUGUACCACAGCCCCACCCACGACCCCCAGGGCUCCCUCUACAGGACCAACACAGGUGUGGGGACCCUCCCUCGGACCACAAGCCAUUGCGGCACGCUGCCGUACCAAAGAAGCAGCUAUGGGCUGAGCUCUGCAGCGGUGUACGUCGACUCCUUCAGGGUCUCCGGUGAACCCGGCUUCUCCCACCGGCACUCUGGACUGGUGGACCGGGUCGUCACUCGAACCCCGUCCAUCGAGAGCAUCCACAAGGACCCCAGGGAGUUCGCUUGGCGCGACCCCGAGCUGCCGGAGGUCAUCCACAUGCUGCAGCAUCACUUCCCCUCCGUCCAGGCCAACGCCGCCGCCUACCUGCAGCACCUCUGCUACGGAGACAACAGGGUCAAGGUGGAGGUUUGUCACCUGGGAGGCAUCCAGCACCUGGUGGACCUGCUGGACCACAAGCUGGCCGAGGUCCAGAAAAGCGCCUGCGGAGCGCUGAGGAAUCUGGUGUAUGGAAAAGCCACCGACAACAACAAGGUGGCGCUGAGGAACUGUGGCGGCGUUCCUGCUCUGCUGCGCCUCCUCAGGAAGACGACCGACAACGAAGUCCGCGAGCUGGUCACCGGCGUCCUCUGGAACCUGUCCUCGUGUGACGCCGUGAAGAUGACCAUCAUCCGUGACGCUCUGUCCACGCUGACCAACACCGUCGUCAUCCCACACUCGGGCUGGAGCACCGUUUCCCACCGCGAAGAGCACAAAGUCAAGUUUCAGUCGUCGCUGCUGCUGCGCAACACCACCGGCUGUCUGAGGAACCUGAGCUCGGCCGGCGAGGAGGCCAGGAGUCAGCUGAGAUGCUGCGAGGGUCUGGUGGACUCGCUGCUCCACGUCCUCAAAGCCUGCGUCAACACGUCCGACUACGACAGCAAGAUCGUGGAGAACAGCGUCUGCACUCUGAGGAACCUCUCGUACCGCCUGGAGGUGGAGAUGCCCUCCUCCCGUCUCCUCGGCAACCAGGAGCUGGACACCCUGCUGGGCUUCUCAUCGCCAGCCAAAGAGCUCGACUACCUCUGCUGGGGCAAGAGGCGGCGGGGCAGGAAGAGGGGCGGCUGGGGCGACAGCAAGUGGGACGGCGUCGGUCCGAUCCCGGGUUUCUCUCAGUCUCUGAGGGGAGCCGAGCUGCUGUGGCAUCCCAUGGUGGUGAAGCCGUACCUCAACCUGCUGGCUGAGAGCUCCAACCCGGCAACGCUGGAGGGAGCCGCCGGGUCGCUGCAGAACCUCUCUGCUGGGAACUGGAAGUUCUCGGCCUACAUCCGGGCGGCGGUGCGUAAAGAGAAAGGUCUUCCCAUCCUGGUGGAGCUGCUGAGGAUGGACAACGACCGGGUGGUUUGUUCCGUCGCCACGGCGCUCAGAAACAUGGCGCUGGACGGACGCAACAAGGAGCUGAUAGGGAAGUACGCCAUGAGGGAUCUGGUGAACCGGCUUCCUGGCGGCAGUCCGUCGGUGCUGUCUGACGACACGGUGGCGUCGGUUUGCUGCACGCUGCACGAGGUCACCAGCCGCAACAUGGAGAACGCCAAAGCUUUAGCCGACAGCGGAGGCAUCGAGAAGCUGGUGGACAUCAGCAAAGGACGAGGGAAAGGAUACUCGAUGAAGGUGGUGAAAGCAGCAGCUCAGGUGUUGAACACUCUGUGGCAGUACAGAGAGCUGAGGAGUCUCUACAAACAGGACGGCUGGAACUACACCCACUUCAUCACCCCCGUCUCCACUCUGGAACGAGACCGGUACCGAUCCCAGCCGACGCUGCCCACCAGCCCACUGCAGAUGUCCCCCGUCAUCCAAUCAGGCGGGAGCGCGACGUCGUCUCCGGCGAUGCUCGGGAUCCGACGCCACAGUUCCACCUACCAGAGGGCGCAGUCAUCUAUGCAACUCGACACUUAUUAUGGAGACAACAGUUUACACAAACGGCAGUACACAGGGUCUGAGAAGAAAACCCCAUAUUUCAUCGGAACGUAUUCCUCCCAGUCAGGAGAGGAUUUGAGAAGAUCCCAGCACCCAGAGCCAUUCUACGACGAGCCCGACAGGAAGAACUACAACAGCUACCGAAUGUACCUGUCGUCCCCUCAAGGCUACGGCGAGGAGAGCUACGAGGACGAGCCGGUCCACCUGACGCCGUCGUCACCCGACGCCUACGCCGGCCAGUCGCUGCGGUUCAAAGCCAACACCAACUACGUGGACUUCUACUCGACCACGCGGAGGCCUUCAAACCGGGCCAACAAGUUCACCGGCUCCCCCGACUCGUGGGUCUGAGGACGCCGCCGAGCCUCGGUCCAGCCGGCCGGCCGCCUGUCUGUGGGUGUUUGAGUGCGUGAGAGGUUUGUGGAUGCAUGUGAACGUGUCUGUGUUGAAACUGUGCUGAAUGACGGGGCUCGGGUUGCUUUGGCAGCUUUUGACUAAGUCACGCCGGUAAACACGAAGCGCUCCUUUAUUUUGGACUUCCACACUAAAAAAAAAACUGAUGAAAAUAAGUUUGCCAGGGUUCUGACUGCCAUAACAGAUGAUUAAAUAACAAAAAUAAUAGCUGGCAGCAGCUUUAAAUAUUCAUCCUUUAGUACUACAUUUAAGGUGGUAUAUUCUUUUACACCAACUUUUUUGUUCUACAUCGAAGGAUUUUAGGUGGAAUAUACCAUCAGAAGGCUCCAGCACCCCCACAACCCUAGUGAGGAUAAAGCGGUGUAUAGAGAAGGGAUGGAUGGAUAUACCAUCAGAUCAACCUUUUAGGUCUACAUUGGACAACUUUAGUGCAGAAUAUUUCUCCAAACCAUCCUUUAGGUCUAUAUUUAAGGUGGUAUAUUCCUUAACACCAACGUUUUUGGUCAACGUUGAAGGGUUUUAGGUGGAAUGUACCAUUAAACCAACCUUUUUGGUAUAUGUUCCAGGAUGUUGGGUGGAAUAUACCAUCAGAUCAACCUUUUAGGUCUACAUUAGAAGAUUUUAGGGUAGAAUAAUUCUCCAAACCUUCCUUUAGGUCUACAUUUAAGGUGGUAUAUUCCUUUACACCAACUUUCUUGGUCUACAUCGGAGGAUUUUUGGUGGAAUAUACCACGAAGACAACCUUUUUGGUUUAUGUUCCAGGAUGUCUGGUGGAAUAUACCAUUGAGUCAACCUUUUAGGUCUACAUUGGAAGAUGUAAGAGUAGAAUAUUACUCCAAGCCAUCCUUUAGGUCUACAUUUAAGGUGGUAUAUGUCUAUACAUCAACUUUUUUGGUCUACAUUGACGUAUUUUAGGUGAAAUAUACCAUCAAAUGAACUUUUUAGGUCUGUAUUCCAGGAUGUUGGGUGGAAUAUACCAUCAGAUCAAUCUCUUCGGUCUACAUUCAAAGAUUUUAGGGUAGAAUAUUACUCCAAACUGUCCUUUGGGUCUACACGUAAGGUGGUAUAUUCCUUUACAGCAACUUUUUUGGUCUACAUUGUAGGAUUUUUUUGGAAUAUACCAUUAAGCCAGCGUCUUUGGUUUAUGUUCCAGGAUGUUUGGUGGAAUCUUUUUCUAAACCAACCUUUCAGGACUAUAUUUGAUGGUUGUAGGAGGAAUAUUCAUUUAACCAGCCUCUCAGGUCUCUCUGUGAGGAUUUUGGAUGGAAUACUCCUUUAAACCAACAUUCUAGGUCUAAGUCCAGGGAUUUUUGAUGGAAUGUUCCUUUAAGGUCGACGUUUGAGGACCUUGUAAGGUGGAACACUCCUCGAAACCAACCUUUUAGGUCAACAUUUAAAGAUUUAAGGUGGAAUGUUCCUUUAAACCAACCAAAAUGUCAUGUUUUUCCCAACAUCAAGUGAGUAACCUCACAUGAGCAGCAUCAUCACAAUAAUUCGGACUCCUCGUAAUAACGUUUGAGAUUUAUGAUACUGUUUUUUGUUUCAUCUAAACUUAAUUACAGAGAUUGUUGCCAUUUUGACCACAACUGUAAUUUUAUUUUCUGCUAUCAGAUGUCAAAGCAACAUGUGACUCUAAUAAGUCAACAGUUUUACAAGCACUAAGAUUAGACACAAACUGUCCUCAAGGAUCCAAAAUAUGACAGCUUUAAUUAUUCUCCAUCUACUUCCUGUAAAGUUUGGUAAAAAAAAAAAAGGACAAAUAUUUCCAGCUUAACUAAGGACAGAGUACUUUAACAACUCUAACACGGGUUUAGUCAAAAGGUGCUUUCUGAAACAAACCCAGCCCUAACAUUGUUGUUUACCAGAGUGUUUGUUCACGUCCACUGAUCUCAUUUUUCUCUGCAGUAAAAGUGUGCAGUGUGUUGGCUUUAAAACAUAAAUAUCGUCCGCCAGCGUCAUCCUGGAUAGGGGAGAAAAAGAACUGCAAAGAAACCACACCUGGGACAAAUACUAUUUACCAGUAAGUGAAACCACUGCGCUUCUUCUCCCGCUCGCAAAACAAUUCUUAAAUAUUAUUUGCCCCGGGUUUGGAGAAGAGCAUCCUCACUCUCGGGAACCUUUAAAGACUCAGAGAACCGGGGUUUACACCUGUAACCCUUCGCUUUUCUGUAAUGUUGGCCAAAAGUGCAGUAUAUCAUACAGUAUGUGAAAUAUGUGAGAAAAAAAACGUGAAAAUCUAUUUGUACAGAUACAAUGGUUUAACCGUCCUGUUACAUUGUUGUAUUCAAUAUGUAGAACUUUAUAUGUGACUGUGUGAAGAAGAUUUUUCUAUUAUUUAUUGAUUAUUUUUAUUAAUUUCCUUGUGACCUGACCAAAAUACCCCAUCUGUCUGUUCUGUCCAAAACUGAUGAUGAUAAUGUGCAAUGUUACAGAGGGAAAUAUAUGUAUAGGGAUUAAAGAUUAUAUCAUGAUGACACACCAGAAA